AUGGCUUGCUUUAAAUUACCGGUAUCAAUACGGAGAAAGCAAGUUGAGCGUAGAACGAUUGAAGGUGUUAGACAGUUUUUUUGGAAUGAGCUCAACGAUCCAAAUGAAAUUGGACGUGGUUCGUUUGGAACAGCCUACAAAGCAGAUUACCUAGGGGAUACGGUUGUUGUAAAGCGACUGAAAAAUCAAGGCGGUGUUGACGAAUCAGUUUUUUUCAAGGAAGGUAACCUCAUCAAAUCUCUAAAUCACGAGAACAUUGUCAAAUUGGAAGGAUGGUGCAGCACACCACAAGCGCUGAUGCUAGAUUAUGAAUGUUUUAGUUUCAGACCAUUUGGGGAAGAUGUUGAGGUCACAAAUCUUCUUCAGUUUUUGAAAGUGGUGAACUCUUUCGAAAACGAGUCUUUAAAUGCUUUUGCACCAAUAUUUUUAAAUAUAGCACAAGAUGUCGCUCGUGCCUUGACAUAUCUUCACGGAGAGAAUGUUGCACAUAGGGAUCUUAAACCAAGUAACGUCCUCGUGAGUAAUAUUCACUACAGUUCGUUGAAUGAAGAUUAUGUGUCUGAUGCCUUCUUGAAAAAUCCAAUUAAAUGCAAAGUGACGGACUUUGGAGAAAGCAGAUCUACUCUUAUUCAAACAUCAAUGGCCAUGCAUUCGCGUACAAGUAAUGUGGAAACGGGCACCUUGCCAUACAUGGCACCGGAGGUAAUACUCGAUCAAAUUAAAAGUGCGUGUCUAGAAGACUUGAAGAAGAUGGAUAUUUGGGCACUCGGUAUGACUUAUUUUGUUCUUCUAAACCUGUGUUUAGCAGCACCAUAUCAGCUGGAGGUUAUGGAGGGUAACGUUGGAAUGAACUACAGAAAAGUGAUCGAAAGAUUUAUGCUACAAAAGAAGAAACCAGUGCAAGCAAAAGAAUAUUAUCGCUGUCAAGCGUUGCAGUGGUAUCCUAUAGACAGAGUAUACCAAAUGUGCACCAUAUUUGAAGCUUCUCAAAGGCCGUCAGCACAGGAGGUAUUACAUGCCCUGAAUAACCAGGAGAAUACAAGCCAUACCAUCAGUCUAGGAAUUAGCCAAGUAACCGCAUUGGAACAAGUGGAUCUCGAAUUGCUCAAGGAUACAGAGUGUUCAGUCAGCCACGUCACAAUGUCACCAAACAUUUUGGACGACGAUGCUACAAAUGCGUGUAGUUUUCUUGCACUAUCUAUUGCGUAUGAAGUGGCCAUCAGUACGUUUCCAGUCGAUGUGGAUGGUAGUAUUUGGAGUAUUGUGGCGGAGAAAGCCCGGGACAUCCUUCUGAAUAUACCUUCAGUUAUUAACAACUACAGGAACCGUAGCAGCUUUUAUGAUGUCCUGGAAGCUAUGCAGAUCAUGAAAGAGCAUAACAUUUUACCAGGACAAGCAGAAUUAUUUGAGAGAAUAAUUACUGGAGAGCCUACAUUUUCCCCAGGAGGGAGAAGUAGUCUUCGCCUAGCAUUACUUGCAGCGAGUAGAAGCGGAAAUCCUGAGGUUUUUCUAUACACUUGUGAGCCAUACAUUUUCUUGAUUGGAAUUAUGAACAAUUCUUAUUUUGUUCUUGAUACACAUCCUAUUGGUGAAUGUUUGGGAGGUGAUGGCCAAGGCUUGCUUGUAGUUUUCCCAGAUCUAACUGCAGCAAGCCUUGAUGCACUUUGUCACUGGCUUUGGAAGCGUCUUGCCCAAGGUGCAGUUAAAGACGAUUGUGGUCAAUCAUUGUUGGAGCUAAAAAUCAGUAAUUCCACAAGUUGUCCUUCUCUUCUACAGGUAAGGCAUUUCUACCUAAAUUAACAACAUUAAGUACGAAGUUAGUGUUACUGUGGAUACCCAAUCUAAAAUGAAGUAUUUAACGGCGCUGUCAAUUAAUGGAAUACAAGUACAGUAGGUCUUGCAGAUGAAUGAACAUGUUGAUACAGUAGUUUCCCUAGUUUGCAUACUCAAACGGAAUCGAUGCAAUUUUCUCAUUACAAAUUGGAAAAUAUGUUUAGUUUAAGUUGCCAGGAAAGGAACAAGCUUUAAUAAUUAGCCUUUGUGCGUUUUACGCCGGGAGGAGUAUAAAGGAUAUUAUGGUAAAAUGCAUAUAGUAUUAAUUCUACACUGUUAUGAACAAGAGUAAACUGUUGCAUUGCACAGUAGAAGAAUCGGAAAUUUCGAUGUAAUUAAUACCACGUGAUCAAAAUUAUCCAUUUUUUUUUAGAUUAUUUUCCUAACCUGUUCCUUAUUUAAUAUUCGUGGACAAACAAAUUUUAAAAAUAUAAUAUGAAGUAAACUGUAUGUGUAUAUACAAAACAAAACGUGAUUGCUCAACGCAAACUUUUUCUGUUCCUUUUCUAGAAACUCAAAUCAACGUCUGUCAAAGUAAGUAAAUAUGUAAAACCUUCAUUUCACGAAGUUUCUAACACAUUGUUAAAAUAUUUACAAACAAAAGGUAAAAUUACUACUAAUAUACGUACGAAAACGAUACAACUGAGAAAGAUCUUGACUUUUAGGAUCAUUGGUUGUUAAAUUCAGGAACAAGUAGUGUACCAUCAUUUCAAUCAAACGAUACGGUAUGUUUUAACACAGUUAAUAAAUUAACUGUGGUUUUAAGUAUUAUUAUUAUUAUUAUUAUUAUUAUUAUUGAUGAAUAUUUUAACAGGAUAAAAACGUCAGUUAUGUAAAAAUUAAAUAAUUAAUUACAAAAACUGCUAUCAAUGUUUGUCCUGUAAAGUCUCAAGAAUAACAAAAAUAGGUAGCCAAAAAGUUAAUAAAUAAAGCCUAAAAAUUACAUAAUUAUAUAAGAAUGGACAAAUAGGAUAAAAUAUCUUACAAAUAUAAUAUAUAUAAUAAUAAUAAGUUAAAAAGUCUUGAAAGAUAAACUAUUAUAUGUCUAUCAACAAAUGUCUUGUCUAUCAACAAAUGUCUCCAAGUUGUCGUUUAUCUUCUCUUUCUUGCUUUUUACCAAAGUUCAUCUCGCGUUAAAUCACCUUUGCUAAUAGCCAAUCCAUUACACAGUUUGUCCUUGAAAGUAUCACUAUAACGCCCGUACUCUAAAAGCUCACUAACACUCAAUGAGUUGAAGUUCAAUCUGAGCUUCUGUCAUUACCUCCGCCAGGAGGUUAUGUAAUCAUCUGGGUUUGUGUGUGUGUGUGUACUGUGUGUGUGUGUUUGUUUGUUUGUGAGCACGAUAACUCAAGAAAUACCAAACAUAUUCAUACGAAAUUUUUUGAGUGCAUUUCCCAUCGGCUAAGGAAGAACUGAUUAAAAUUUGGUUAAAAAUUGAACGAGAAAUAACUAAAUUUUGUCUUGCUUUUCCAGGUCCUGAAUUAAAAAAAUACUCACUGAAUGGGUAAUUAGGACGUGUAUAAUAUAUGCAUGCAGUACUAAGACAAUAAUGAGAUGAUAAACCUCAUUAAGCUUCAGCCUUCUUAUAUCUAUUGUCUUAGUUGCAUUUCACACGACCAAAAUUCAAUGGGGGCGGAGGUAUGCAGUCUCUGAGUGCCCUCUAGUUGUUUCUGUUUUUGAAUAGUUGGAGGGCUAGUGUCAUACCUUACUAUGACUACUCACCCUCUAGCUAUUCAAAAACAGCAUUGACACUCAAGAGAAGCUCAGAUUGAACCUCCACUCAUUGAGUGUGAGUUACAGUUAAAGUGUUCACAGCGGUCUUUUAAAUUCUUGAAAAUCUCUAAAUUUAAAUCUAGUUCUUUACAGGUAAAUUACGUGAAGCGUUCGUCUAUAAUUAUGGGUCUUUUGAGUGCCUAACUCAUUUGGAUUUUUUUUUCCUCAUUAACUUUGCAAAUUUGAAAAACUCUUUGCAAAUCCCUGCAGGGAAUUUGCAAUGUUGCUAUAGAAGCCACUUAAAUUUUCCUCCGUUCCAGUUAGAAGUUCUCAACUUCCUGUUACAAGUUCCUAUCAAAUCACCAAUAGUAACGCUCAGAACAACAGAACAGAACAGAACAGAACAGGAAUUCAGGAUUUGAAAGGAGGAAGUUAGGAAAAUUUGAAAUGAAGUUUUUCUUCAUUGGAAUAUUGCAACAGCCGAUAGGAACAUUGCAAAGAGUUUUUCAAAUUUGCAAACUAAGGUAAUGAGCAAAAUUCCAAAUGAGUUAGGAACUCAAAAGAAGAACGCUUCACGUAGUUUACCUGUAAGGUGUUUAAAAAGUCUUUGAAGCAAAAGAUUUUUACAAAUAUUGACGAGAAGGCAUAGAAUUGACGGGACACAUACCGGUUAAAAAAAGCUUUUACCAUGCAUCCCAAUCUUUCUGCGACAAACCGCAUGCAUCUUAGUAGCAUAAACGAAAUAAAAGUAGCCUAAAAUGCUGGCAAUUCUAUCUAUCAGAAAUCUUGGAAAAAAUUCUCUGAUACUAAGCAGAAAGUCUGUGAAUAUUUUGGGUCCUUGAAAUACUAACCCUGGUUUAAUUGGUUCUUUCCCUCGUUAUUUCAUUUGUGACGCAAUCUGACCAACGUCAAACCUUGUUUGUUCCUCAUUGCAUGAACAAACCGAUAUAUAACAACUGUUUUAGGCAAUACUUCGCAAUAAUGACAAAUAGGAGCCCCUUUAAUUUUAUCGUAAUGGUUCAUGUUCUUGUUAAUGGAUUCCAAAUUUGCAUUAUUUGUUUCUUUUCUACUGUAUGUUUAACAUGGCAUAAAAUUGCAAUGCAGGAAGUUAUCGAAGUAUUGGAUGAAAGUGAUGACAAUUGUAAUAACUCUGAAGGUCAUGAGCCAAUGAGCAGUUCAAAAUCAAAUUUUUGUAAGGAAUAUGUGGCAAAUUAUAAGGUACAGUACUGUAAGUGUUAUUUGUAUAGGUAAUCGCAAGGGGCCGAGUAAAAUUAAGGUUUAAUUUCACGCGUGUUUUCAAAGUUUCACAAAUUGUGAAAAAAAUUUGUGAAACUUUGAAAACACAAGUGAAAUUAAACCUUAAUUUUACGAGGAACUAUGGGAUUACUUGUUAAUCAUGUAGAGGGCAAAAUUUAUUCGUAAGUUAAUUGUGAACUUGUCAACUGAGUUCUUGAACCUCGUAUGUCUCCAUGUCUUCGCCUUUUCGCCGAUGUUUCUUAAUGCUGCCCUGCCUGCCAAUUUCUUAAAUACUCCAUGCAACCAAUAAAUUUGUACUUUUUCUAAGUGUUCAAGUUUUAAUUCUUCAAUAACAUCAUCAUCCGCGACGACAAAGCGAGAAGCCAUUGUUUUUAUUGCUAGUUAAAACAAGAAACUUCCCGCGCUUGCAUCUCAGCCAAUCAGGUACAAUUCAUAUUUGAAUAGUUUUGCCCUCUAUAUGAUUAGAAUGGUAAUUGCCGCAAUAAACAUGGCUAAAAUUGUCAAGUAAAAUGAUAACUUGUAGCCGUAAGGAAUAGUCAUGAGACAAAAUACAGGAAUGAUAUCUGAAGAAUCCCUGACCUUUUUAUAAUUUACUACAAAAAUUAUAAUGAUUUGCUGAUUGACUAUUGAUAUUUGUGAAAAUUUAAACUGUUUCGUCGGCAGUUGCUUUUUAGCAAUGUCUUGAGCUGGCUCUGGGUAAGGUUGCUUUAUAUUUUUACAGAGAAAAUGGUUGGAAAAAAUAAAAAAAAUAUGGUAGCUAUAUUCAUUUUCUACACUUAAGUAAGCUAGAAUCCACUCCCAAAAGCAAGGAAAAACAAGAAUUAUUUAUGUUGUGGCAGAAACUAUACAGUACAUCAUGACGACGUGAAUGUAAGUUUAUCCGUAGAUCGCUUGUCUGUAACAAACGAAACUAGCUUUUUUAUACCAAACUAUCACUUCAUAAAUUUCAUUAUUUAUUUUGACUUUUGAGAACGGUUUAGUAUAUUUUUCUCUGUCUAUAAACAAGUCUGUAGCUGGCUACGCUCUGGCUAAAAUGAGUCUGAAUCAGGCCAAAUUGCUGAAACUUUUAUGCCCGCGAACAUCAAUUUUAUUGUUAUAGUAAUAAUUCUGGUAAUAUAGUGCGAAGAUAAGUGGUUGGGGCGCAGAAAUUCCAACCCUAAUUUUCGACUGCACUAGCUUCGAAUGCCCAACUCCUUAAAAACGCCGAAACCAUGCACCUAUAACAUUAGAAGAUGUUGAGAUACAGUAAUUAAUACAGUUAAACAGUAAUUUAAUGAAUUGCAUUGGUCAACUUAUUGCAGACAAUACUGCCAAAGAAACAAAAGUUGAAUUAUGAUCCAAAAAGUGGCGAUGAAUCCGACGUUGACGAAGAUAUGGAUUCAAAUCAGUUAAACAAUGGUAUGAACAUUUUUUUAGGCAAACUCUCGGAUUCAGAAAGCGCAAUCCGAUCCAGCGCACGCAUAUACUACCAUUUUUUUAAAGGAAGACUGAGUUUUAGUAGGAUAGCUCACUCGUUCCCCAUGCAUGUCAAUUCCUGCAUUUAGACAGUACUUUUCCGCGAAAAUAUAACCGUUUCGAAACAUGUUUUUAAUGGCGUGUUAAAGAAUAUACAACGACCAAGUACUACUUUCUUCCUCUUCCGUUAGUUAUUCACAUUUGCGUGCAAGUAUUGUGAAAAAUAUAAUUAUGUGAAAAAAAUCGAGUUUCAAAGAUUAAUUGAAAAUGUAUGGCAGAAUUUCUUGUACAAAUCUCUGGUAUACCAUGCAUGUGAACAAUCGUUCCGUGAAACAAUGUAAGAAAAAUAUAGAUGCGGUUGUAAUCUGCCCAAAAUAACAUACUAAUGCUGUGAAUAAAGAGACAUAUAUGACUGUGGUGUAGCUUGACAGUGGACCUUUGAAUUUGAACAAUACACGAAAAUAUUACUCAGUUGAUCGUGAGUUUACUACUUUAUGAAUACUGUAUGUUUCGUCGAUUGACUUAGAAGUUGCUAAAAAAUACUGCACUGUUGCUCAAAAACACUGAUUGAACUUGCGGGAUGAUUGCAAGUAAUUCCUUUUAAUGAUGUUAAUUAGAAGUUAAUUAAAGAUUUCGAAAAUAUAUCUGUUAAUCAACUAUUUGAACCAAGUGGAAUUUUGCGUUUUCAUAUGCAAACUGCGCGUUAAUUGGGUAACAACUCCUAUAGAAUGAGUUUCUGUCGUAUACAUUUUACCCAUACUCUUAUUUCAUUUUAUUUAAAGAUAUGAUCAAUGGGUUUCCGGUAUACAAGAGAUCCAGUGCUGGCAUUUCUACGCGAGAAAUAGUAAAUAUAUGUGUUGGCCAAAAAAUUGAUGAACAAAAAGUCUGCAAAAAGGUUCCUAUAGCAAUUACCACAAGCGCAAUAUUUGUCGUUGACCUAGAAGCUGUUGAUCAUAAUGACCUAUCAACUGAUAACUGUGGCGUAUAUGGGUCUCAUUCGAGCCCAUCAGAACAGCUAUGCGUGAAUCUAGAUCGUGAGGGAAGUAUUUCUGGUUACAAAGUGUUAAAAAAAGAAGACUUUCUAGACGAAGAAGACGAAGAAGACGAAAACCAAACAUUUGAUCGAUUCACGGUUCGUCGACAGUAUAGUUGGCAUAGUAAGACAAGGGAUUACAAGCGGAUUAUUGUAAAAGUUGAAAGCGAAUCAAAUUACUUGCGUUAUGCAAUCGUGCAAUACAUUGUAAAGACUAAUCAAGUAGAAGAGCUGUUUACGAAAUCGCACGGCAAUAGUCGGCACCAUGCUAACGAAUCAUACGUACGAACGAAGCCCAGCGUACUUGCAAAGAUGCAAAGCCUUGGGACACACGAAAGUGCAAAACACAUCAUUACAAAAUUAGAGAAAGAUGUUGGAGGUGUAAAAUCAGUCACUUCACCUUCGGCGAUACCAAGAAACCGCCAACAAGUGUACAACCAACUUCGUAAAGUUGAAGGAAGAAUUAGGUCUAGAAGUACUGGCCCAAACAAGACACCGGCAUUGGAAAAGUUGUUAUCGUUGCAGCAGAACAGACGUUUUGUACGCGAUGUAAGUUUUACAACUAGAACUGGAAGCGAGGGAAUAACACGUGCGACUCCUAAUACAUUUGCUGCAACAGAUCUUACCAUUAGCUGGAUUAAACGAUUCACUUCAGGUUCAUCUCCAGAAGCUGUUGCCGGUAUUGAUAUGACUUAUAAGCUUGGCCCCUUUUACUUGACUACAUUAACCAUCCCGAACCCUUUGUUUACAUACAAAAGCAAAACAAAGCACCCAACUACCUUGGCUGCUGUGAUGACCUCUGUCACAAAAGAACAGCGCGAUUAUGAAUACAUGGCACGGUGCUUGAAAGCCGAAGGAAUAAAUUCGCUAUCUUAUGGGACGGAUGGAGAAUGUGCAAUGGAAAGUGGUUUUGAGAGCGCGUAUCCGAUUAAAGGUUCAUCAUCAAUUAAUAUUCAUCUUCGUUGUUUUGACCACGUGCAGACAGACAUUUCAUGGAAAUUAAAAGAAUUGAAAGUGCCAGACGAUAUAGCCAAGAUGAUCGUGGAAGAAAUAUUGGGGAACGAAUAUGAUGGAAAGCGUACGAAAGGAUUGGUUGACUGCAAUACAGUGGAAGAGUUUGAAUCAAAAUAUGUUGAGCUCGAGGCCAACUGGCCAUCAAAAUUUGCUGAGUGGAUGAUGACAACAAGAGGACGAUAUACAUGA